AUGCCUCUCCCAUUCAGCAACCGCAUCUCGUCCGCCAACAGCCACCCGGAGCUCCAGGACAGUGACGAGGAGGGCGACCAGCUCAUCCCGCUUCUCAACCGAAGCCAGGUGAAAGCGAGGAAGGUUUGGGAGGGCUUCCUCGACUUUGCCACCCAGGGCGACAUUCUCGGCAUCGCCUUGGGCUUGAUGAUCGCCUCCUCGUUCACGGCACUCGUCAACAACUUCGUGAACAACAUCUUGAUGCCGCCCAUGUCCAUCAUCUUCCCUCUGAACCGCAAUAUUGAGGAGAAGUUCGCCGUUCUCAAGGGUGGUCCCAACUACAGCCACGAAGACAAGUACACGACUCUUGAGCGCGCCAAGGACGAUGGUGCAGUCGUUAUGGCUUACGGCUCUUUUCUCAACCAACUGGUCUCGUUCUUUUGCAUCGGCUUCGCCCUCUAUGGCCUGGCGCACAUCUUUCAACUCUUUUCUCGAGACCCGAUCAUCAGACCUACGGUCAAGUGCAAGUACUGUCGCAAGCGUAUCAGCAUCAAAGCCCAACGUUGCGUCAACUGCUCUAGCUGGUUGGACGGUCGUGAGGACCGGCCUCUCAUGUGA